ACAGUGGUAUUGUGCUACUGCAAAUGUUGCCUAUGUUGUCUGAUGGGUGUAGCUGCAGUUUCUUCCAUGCAGCAUCACUUUGGUAGGUGAAAACAUUGCUUUGUCACAGCAUGGGUGUAGGCAGGCUGUGGUGUUUUUUCUGCUCUGUGAGAUGUCGGAUGUGUGAUGUACAGUGUGACUAUACCAAUUAAAAUACUGAGGCAGAUCACUCUUUUUGUGACAGGUCCUCAAGUUCCGCCACAGAACUAGUUCUGAGCACGCUAUUGCUGAACAUAGGGGCUGUAAAACGUGGCCCACCAAAGAACUGUAAAAGGGUUCUUAAAUUAGGCAAAAUCUUAUAUUUUGUGUGCAGUGGAAUACAGUUUUCCUACUGAUAUCCAAUCCGAUUGUCUUCUCUCUCAGCAUUAGCUUGAGAGCAGGCAGCUCUCACAUUACGGAGGGAGAGGGGGGUUCUCAUCAGAGCCCCAGGCAGUGGCAGGGACAAAGACCAUCGAUCAUUCCAAGACUGACAGCUGCUGAGGGAGGACUGACUUGCUUCUAGCAGCUCAUCAGUGCCUCAGCAUCUUUAUGUUGCUGUGCAACUUGGUUGGUUGGUUUUUUUGUUAGCUUCGGAUGGUGAUAAACAUUUUUGUUCCCUUGGGUGAAUUAUUUAAGGUCCAGAAAUGAAGAGAAAUAUCCUGUCCUCUUUUUACAUCUCUCUGUGGUUGCUGUUUACAGCGGUGAUACUACAAGCUGUUGAAUCAGCCAAAGGAAAAUAUGCUCACCUGCUGUUUAAUGAACUGUUUGAACACUACUCAAAUGCUCUAAUACCAGUGGAAGACACAGAUAAAGUACUGAAUGUCACCCUUCAGAUCACGUUGUCCCAAAUUAAAGACAUGGAUGAAAGGAACCAAAUUUUGUCAGCUUACUUAUGGAUUCGACAAAGCUGGUAUGAUGCAUACCUCAAAUGGGACAAAGAUAAAUAUGAUGGGUUGGAUUCUAUCAGGAUUCCAAGCAAUUUGGUUUGGAGACCAGAUAUUGUCCUAUAUAACAAGGCUGAUGAUGACUUUUCAGAACCAGUGAAUACUAAUGUUGUGUUGAGAUAUGAUGGAAAAAUCACUUGGGAUGCACCUGCUAUCACAAAGAGCUCUUGUGUAGUGGAUGUAUCUUAUUUUCCUUUUGACAGCCAGCAAUGCAACCUUACAUUUGGGUCCUGGACCUAUAAUGGUAAUCAGGUAGACAUCAUCAAUUCUCUUGACAGCGGUGACCUCUCUGACUUCGUAGAAGAUGUGGAAUGGGAGAUUAAUGGUAUGCCAGCAGUUAAGAACGUCAUCACUUAUGGCUGCUGCUCUGAGCCUUAUCCGGAUGUGACCUUCACACUGAUUUUGAAAAGGAAGUCAUCUUUCUACAUAUUUAAUCUGUUGCUUCCUUGCAUUUUGAUCUCUUUCCUGGCCCCACUGGGAUUCUAUCUCCCUGCAGACUCUGGGGAAAAAGUGUCUCUGGGCGUUACGGUUCUUCUUGCUCUGACUGUGUUCCAGCUGAUGGUUGCAGAAAUCAUGCCUCCCUCUGAAAAUGUACCUCUGAUAGGAAAGUAUUACAUAGCAACUAUGACGAUGAUCACAGCUUCCACUGCAUUGACGAUCAUUAUAAUGAAUCUCCAUCACUGUGGCUCAGAAGCAAAACCUGUUCCACAAUGGGCCAGGGUGGUUAUUUUGGACUACAUGUCAAAAAUCUUCUUUGUUUAUGAUGUGGGUGAAAAUUGCACAAGUCCGAAAAGAGAAAAGGAAGAUGAAAAUAAGUUAGAGGAGGGUGAUAGGUGUCAGAGGAGGCACAAAGAGGUGAGGAGUCACCUUUCUAAUAGGAAUGAUGAGUGUGAUCUCAAGGAGAAGCUCAAUGGAAAUUUGAAUAAAAGCUAUGGAGUUCCUGGUGAAAAUGCUAGGGAGGCUGUUAAUUGCUGUUCCUGUUACAAAAUGCUGAUUAAAAAUAUUGAGUAUAUUGCUAAUUGUGUUCGAGACCAUAAAGCAAACCGGGCCAAAGGAAUUGAGUGGAAAAAGGUCGCAAAAGUGAUGGACAGGUUUUUCAUGUGGAUUUUCUUUAUCAUGGUGUUUUUUAUGAGUGUGCUGAUCAUUGGGAAAGCAGCUUAACUGAAGAUGAACACAUUCCUUUUGUAAAUCUGAAUGUAUGUGUUAGCUUGUUUUAGUGGAGCUCUGGGACAGAGGUGCUUUUGAGAUUUUUGUCUUCUGUAACUAUAAACAAAUUGAUUCUGUAGACUGUAACAGUGCGUUGAGACAUUGCUCAGCUGAGGGCUUUGUUAGUGACUGUCCUCGCCUUUUAUUUCAGGAGUGCAGCCCUGAUGAGGCUGCUGGGUAAGCUCUUUGUGCUCCAUCUUGAUGGGUUGUGGCUAUGACUUCAGACAGAGUGCGGUGGAGCGCUGCAGCGAUGGAGCAGACAGCCUAGCAAGGGAGCAUUGUAUUCACAAGGUUGCAUCUCUGCAUCUUGUAAUUUGACCAGCCCUUUCUCUCCUCUAGAAAAAAAGUGUAUUUGUGACAUAGUGGCAGUUCCUGGAAAUCAUGCAUUCAUGGCAUUGCCUUUUUUCCGUUUUGUUGGGUUUUUUUUAGCUUGUCUUCCUAAUUUACCUUUUUAUUAUGACUCUGAUCACUGUUCCUAUAAUUUCACAGGCUCUACAUGUCUGUCUGUUGUGCCUUUAAUACCAUUGAGCUUACUGAGUAUGAUGGUUACCUUGAUCUUCCUUUAUUAUUUCCUGCUGCUGAAUAUUAACCUGUUGUCACCACAGCUCCAGUAAGCCGGAUUCCUGGGACUUCUUCCUCACUGUGUUGGAGAGCCUCUUCUGUUCUUUUCCUCCUGAGCCUAACUAUAGGAAGGACUGCUCCUGUCCUUCCUAGAUGUCUCAUUCCCUUGGGCAUGGGCAUUUAAAUGCUACUUCAGACUGCUAAAGUAGGAGGCUGUGACUUUUUGUCUCUGCUAGUUUUAUUGACCUUCGAUGUUAACCCCAUGUGUCCCUUGUCUACUCUUACAUCCUCUUUAAUACUUAAACUUUAAACUGCCUUCAGGAAUGCCAAGGUUGCUCUGUGCAUUAUUUAGCACAAAAGCAUGAUCUUACAGGCUUGUUAAAGUGGUGUCAUAAUCAACACUCUUUGUUCAACACCUUAGUACUUCUGUGUAUGUGAGUGUGUUUGUUGCUGACAACACCAAAACCCCCUCUUAUGUGUGUUAAUUUCUGUUAAUUCUGUCAGACUGAUAGAGCCCUGGAGGAUGUCUCGUGUAGUAAAGUUAGAAGCUAGUACCCCAGGCAUGCCCAUGGCAGAUAAAUUGCUUUUACAGAGCACCUUGAACUUUGAAACCAUGAUAUUCUAGAUGCAGUGGGAGAGGCAGAAUGACACUGUAAUGGAUCCCAGUCAAAAGUUCACAUGACAAAACUCAUUUUAAUAAUUGUUGAAGUUAAUAGGAGCAUGCCUGUGCAGCUGUAACUUAAGAGCAAGGUGUCAAAAUGGCAAAGCGAUUCAGUUAUUAUGCCCAAAUUUAUUAGAAGAAAAGAAUUGUAAUUAUUAUUAUGAUGUAAAUGAUGCAUUGAAUUACUAAUGGCAGGUUUUCUCUUGUGUGGAAUAAUUGAUAUUGUAAGCUUAUCUGGAUUCUCAUACAUAAUGCAAGCCUUAAAGUCCAGGUUUUAAUGUAAAGUUAACUGGGUGGCUAGCCAAGAAUAAACUCAGUAUGUGGAAAAAGUCUCAAGUGUGUUCCCUGUAUAUUAUCAGUUCCCAGUCAACCAGGCUAAUUUUGAAUAGCUCCUUUAGAAGACAAGCUGUUCACUUUCUGUGAACAGAACACUUUCUGUGCAGAAAGCCAGUUGUACUCAUUUGUCGUGGAGUUCAGGGUUUGGCACUUACACUGCAUGUUUGAGGAAACUGAUUUGUUCUUUGUUGUGGGAAAAAAUACUGUCCCAAAAGCUGAGGGAGCAAUGUAUUUAAAGAUAAGGGUAAAAUAUUCAGAACAUGAGGCGUCAGCAUGGAAAACCAAUGGCCAAGAGUUUGUCCAAGGGCUUAUGGGUAGCAUAAAGUAGAGAGUUACUACUGUUCACUGUCUCUUCCAAUAUAGGAACCAGGUACAUCAAAUAUACACAAUGUGUCACAGUGGAGGAGUCUCUUCAAUAUGUGAGAAGGCUGAGGAACUUCUUGCAACAGGAUUUAUGAAUGCUGAAAUAUUACAUGGAUUUAAAAUUUGGGGAGAAAACAUGGAAGAAAAAUCUUAUUGGCAUACUAUUAAAUACAGUCAGGUGCUGAAAGGUGGAGUAAUAUUUUGGGGAUUCAUGACUGUAUGUUCUUCAGUGCUCUUCAUCCCACUGGUGGCACCCAUUAAAGACAGCUUCCAGAUUUAGAAAGACCUUUAGUCUGAUGCAGAAUAUCUUUCUUAGAAAUCCAGAUUUUGCCCAUGCCAUUCUGUUCCGUGCAUCUGUGGCCUUCCCAUUUGUAAGGGAAAGUUUGCAAUUGUAGGUGGAUCAUGGGCCUCUAUCAUGCUGGUGCUCUUCAGUAUGCUACAUGCUUGGAUGAUGAUGUUGAAAUCAUACUUUGCACUUCCCUAGCACAUUUUAUGCUAAGAUGUGACAGUACUAAAGAAUUCUUUUCCUUACAAGAAUAUGAUUUGAAAAAUAUUCCUAGCUAUUUGAAUUUAUUAACUACUACUUUUAGUCUUUAAUUAUUUUGUGUUAAUUUUUUCUUUCGAUCACCAGACCUUCUCAAGUGUUUCUUUUCUUUUAUUUACAUAUGGUCAAUGUUGUUCUUGCUCUUGUAACAAACAUUUUUCUGGUUUUAGUUCAUAAGAGCCCUGGAUUCAAUAAAGAGUGUGAGCAGCAGAUGAUGGAUGCACGUAGAAGAUGGCACCUGAACAGUUCUUGUGAAGCCUCAUGCUAAGACCCUCAGAGUCACUUCUCAAUCGUUUUCCAGAGGGAAAGCAUAACAUGGUGCUGCAUGGCCAUGCUUCUGGUGAUAAAGCUGAUCCAAGGUCCAUACUGCUACCUGGUUUAAAGCUGGCUUAGGAGUUUCUGACUAAACUCUAGGGGCUGUAGUUUAAGUGUCCCUCCAAGGCCUAAUAUUUAGUUUGUCUAUCUCUGUAUUUAGCUAUUUCAGUAAAAAACCCACCAUAUUCUAAAUCAGCCAAGUGUGUUAGUCAGAAGUGUACAUGCCAACUCUAGUGCUAAGUGGAGGCAGGAAUGUUUAAUCUAAUUCUGUCUAUUCUGAUCUCUUCCUCUUUCUUUUCUCUCUCAUACUUAGAUCCAGCAAUCUUUGAGGAAGAUUAAAUCCAAAGAUGAUGACUAUGUUUAUAAUAACAGAAAAAUAACUACUUAUGCACCUGUCUGAGUUACUGUGUAGGCUUAACAUGAAUGCAGCUGGGUGACUUCAGAUUUACUGAGGAGGACAAUGAUGCUGUAAAAAUACUGUUUGAGAUCUGUGUGCUGUGGAGGCAUUUGAGGAAUAAGCUGACAGAUUUUUUUUUUGUCUCUUGGCAGAGAGAUCACCUCUCCCUUUUUUAUUGAGUCGUUGCAGUUUUAAAAUGGGAAGAAAUACAAGCUGUCUCUUGUGAUGCCUUUGCUGUGCUCUCUUCCAUGACCAGGAUUAUGGAACUGAAGAUGCAGUGCGAUGGGAUGUUGGGGUAUAGAGUUUCUAACUGUGCAGAAAGGUAGGAGAUGCCCUUAGCUACCCCAGGAAAUCUGUUUCUGUUUGUGGAAAUUGCAGCCUGAAGAUUCAUGCUAAACCCAAAAGAAUCAUCCUGGACAGUACAUGACACCUCGAAAUAGAGAAGCAGGUUUCCCCAUGUUUCAGGAACUCGGAUGUUACAUCAUAAGCUAUCUGCAUGUUUUUGUCCUCUGGUUAACAAAGCUUUGUACUCUGACCCAUGAGAUGGUGGAGUUCAGGAUCCUGUGUGGAGGAAGCAGGGCAGUAAGUAGGAUUGCAACCCUGGACUUCACAAGAGCUAACUUUGGCCUCUUGAAGGACCUACUUGGAGGAAUCCUAUGGGUUAGGGCUCUAGAAGGCAGGGGGCUCCAAGAGAGCUGGCUAAUAUUCAAGCAUCACUUCCUCCAAGCUCAAGAUAGGUGCAUCCCUCUGAGUAAGAAAUCAAGCAAAGGGGGCAGGAGGCCUCCAUGGAUGAGCAAGGAGCUUCUGGCAAAACUCAAAACAGAAGGAAGGUCAUGUGAUGUGAAAAAAAGGGACAGGCCACUUGGGAGGAAUAUAGGGAUGUGGUCAGAACAUGCAGUAGGGCAGCUAAAGUCUGUUUGGAAUUAAAUCUGGCAAGGGAGGUCAAGGGCUUCUUCAAGUACUUCAGCAGGCAAAGGAUGACUAGGGAAAAUGUGGGCCUACUGCUGAAUGAGGUGGGUGCCCUGGUAAUGAAGGACACGGAGAAGGCAGAGUUACUGAAUGCCUUCUUUGCUUCAG